AUGGCGGGUAAUUUAAAUAAUGCAAACAAUCGAGAUAUUCGACAGGUUAUAAGCCGAUAUUUAAAAGAGGUCGUAGAGAAUGGUGAAUAUUUCACAGGCUGGAUUGAUGGAGAGACUAAAGGCCGAUCUCCACUUCGACCGUACCGUAGCGUAUCUACAGGAGAUUCUCAAACAACCAUAGGGAUGAACUUUCGAAUGAGCCCAACCACUGUUGGACGAAUCAUCUUUUCAACAUGUGAAGCACUGUGGAAAGUACUGUCAUUGGUAUUCAUGAAAUGUCCAAGCAAUGAGGCAGAGUGGAAGUGCAUAGCACAGGGGUUUGAAAUUAAAUGGAAUUUUCCACACUGCAUUGGUGCGCUUGAUGGAAAACACGUCGUGAUGCAGGCACCAGCUAACUCUGGAUCGAUGUUCUUUAAUUAUAAGAAAACCCAUUCUAUUGUCUUAAUGGCUAUUUGCAAUGCAGACUACCAGUUCACAUUGGUUGAUAUUGGUGACUCAGGACGGAAUAGUGACGGUGGGGUAUUUUCUUACAGUACAAUGGGUGAAUCAAUUAAGAAAAACAGUUUAGGCAUCCCUAGGCCCGAGGCAUUCCCUUCCACUCAAAAAUGCUAUCCAUUUGUCAUAGUGGCAGAUGAGGCGUUUCAGUUACAGCAAAAUAUCAUGAAACCGUACCCUAGAGAAGCCUUGGGAAUAUCUGAGCGGGUAUUCAAUUAUCGGUUGUCUCGAGCGAGGAGGGUAAUUGAAAAUGCGUUUGGAAUUGUAGCAGCACGAUUUCGGGUAUUUCGUCGACCAAUUCACGCCAGAGUUGAAAUGGUUAUUCAAGUUACAAAAGCAGUAAUCGCUCUGCACAAUUAUCUUAUGGCUGGAAGGUCUUUUUCGCACAGCACAAAAUACUGUCCAGCUGGUUUCGUGGACAACAACACAGAAAAUGGAAGAGAGCUUGGAGAAUGGAGAAAAGUGACACAAUCAGAUGAGGGUUUAAGAGAUGUCAGCAACGCUGGGUCAAACAACUACUCUCGUGAUGCAAAGCUUGUUAGAGAAGAUUUUAAAAACUACUUCAUGUCCCCAAAAGGACAAGUACGCUGGCAGUGGAACGCAGCACAUGCUACAGUUGAUUGUUUUCAAAACGAAGCUUAA